CCCACACAAGCCACGCAACCGAACCCAAGCCAAGGAAGAACGUCCAAGCCAAGUCUCUCAACCAACCCACAAGCAACCCACGCGAUUCUCGUCUGGACCCGCGAAUUAAUCAGUGAGCGAAUCCGUCCAUGGAGAUCAUCGACGCGGAGCUGCGGCUCGGCCCGCCCGGAAGCAGCGGCAGCGGCGACAUGGCGGCGAAGAAACGGUCGGCGGCAGCGGCGGCCAAGAGCGAGGCCUCCGGCACCGGCGGCGACCCCGACGCCGCACCGGCAUCCAAGGUGCAGGUGGUGGGGUGGCCGCCGGUGGGGGCGUACAGGAAGAGCACGGUGCAGUCAGCGUCAGCGGCGAGGGAGAAGGGCGGCGUCGGAGGAGGGCUGUACGUGAAGGUGAGCAUGGACGGGGCGCCGUACCUGAGGAAGGUGGACCUGAGGACCUACGGAGGGUACGGGGAGCUCAGGGACGCGCUGGCCAAGCUCUUCGGCGCCUGCGACAAGGCCGCCGGCGGCGCCGGCGGAUUUGCCGUCGCCUACGAGGACAAGGACGGCGACCUCAUGCUCGCCGGCGACGUCCCAUGGGACAUGUUCAUCUGCUCUUGCAAGAAGCUGAGGAUAAUGAGAGGCUCCGAAGCGAGAUGAUCAAUUAGGAGAGAUGCAUAUAUAUGCAUGGGAGGUCUAUCUGAACAAGACUGAAACCGGUCGACGUGGCUAGCUCCGUAUCACAGAGAAGGAUGCGGUAUAUCCGUGAGCAUGCAUAUAUGAACAUGCUCAGGUCGGCCAUGGGAGAUCGAUCAGACGAAUGAAAUCAAAGGUGUUGGCGGCCGGUAACAGAUCGAUCGAGCUGACGAGCUCACAACGUCCAUCAGAUUGUGUUAUGGAGCCAGCAAGUACUCCGCUAGAUCGGCACUUCGUACCAACAGGGCUCUGUGGAUUCAGAAACGCAGCGUUGCGGAUCGCAUUAUAUGUACUGUCAGAGAUUAAUCGGCCAUGCAAGUUUUCGCUGGAAACGUUAACUGGGACUUGUGUGUAUAUAAGUUCAUUUUUUCCUUUUUCCAGUUUUGGGUUUCUUUUGUACUAUCUGCGAGGAACUGGGAGCUCGGUGGGAAAUAAUAAGUCAGAGGAGAGGGGCAGAUUUAAGUCCACUUGUCUUUUUUUUUUA